GGCCCUUACAAAAAGGCAUUUAGCUCUAUUUAUGAAUCCUCUCCAAGAAGUCAAUCUGAGAACAAGCUCAAUCAUCAAUGGAUAACAGUAGCAAGCUUCACGUUACUAUGCUUCCAUGGCUAGCCAUGGGUCACCUCAUCCCUUUUCUAGAGCUUUCAAAGUACCUAGCUCGCGAAGGCCACCGAAUCUCCUUCAUCUCCACCCCAAGAAAUAUAAGAAGACUAUCCAAUUUCUCGUCCAAUCUCUCCCCUCUAAUAACCCUGAUCGAGCUUCCUCUGCCACACGUCCAUGGCCUCCCUGAGAACGCAGAGUCUUCCAUGGACAUCCCGGCCAAUAAAUCCCAAUAUCUAAAGAUAGCUUUUGAUGGGCUUGAAGGCCCUAUUGCUGCUAUCCUUGAAGGAUCAACCCCAGAUUGGAUCAUCUACGACUAUGCCUCUCACUGGCUACCCUCAAUCGCAGCGAGGCUCGGCGUGCCAUGUGCUUUCUACGGCCUCUUCACCGCCGCUAUGCUUGCUUUCCUCGGCCCACCAUCGGUGUCGCUGGGCGGCGAAGCCACAUGGUCAACGGCGGAGGACUUGACUGUCUCUCCCUCUUGGGUUCCUUUCCCUUCCAACAUAGUUUUUCGCCUUCAUGAGGUGAAACACUCACUGCCCGAAAACAUUUCGGGUGUUUCGGAUUCGUAUCGUUUCGGUAUUGCACUCCGAGAUUGUGAGAUAGUUGCUGUGCGAAGCCGGGUUGAGUUCGAGCCCGAGUGGUUCGAUCUUUUAACCCAGUUUUGGCAAAAACCGGUGAUUCCCAUCGGUUUCCUUCCUCCUGUGGAAGACGAAGUAAACUCUACAGAAUGGGUUGAGUUAAGAGCAUGGCUAGAUAAGCGGAGAACUGAGUCAGUGGUUUAUGUUGCAUUAGGAACCGAGGCAAGACUGAGUCAAGAGCAGGUGAACGAGUUGGCUCUUGGAUUGGAGCUAUCCGGGUUGCCCUUCUUUUGGGUUCUUCGAGAACUGCCCGGUUCAACCAAGGACGGGAGGAAUAUGGGUAUGCUUCCAGAUGGAUUUGAGGACCGGACUAGGAAUCGUGGGUUGGUUUAUAAAGGUUGGGCUCCCCAGUUUAGGAUAUUGGGUCACUCGGCUAUAGGAGGGAUUUUGACUCAUUGCGGUUGGAACUCGGUCAUUGAAGCACUGCGUUUGGGGCGAGCUCUGAUUCUACUGCCGGUGAUGAACGAUCAAGGGCUUAAUGCUAGGCUUUUGGAGGAGAAGAAGAUUGGGUUGGAGAUACCAAGAGACGAGCGAGAUGGAUCGUUCACUAGAGACUCGGUGGCUGACUCGGUGAGGUUAGUGAUGGUGGAGAAAGAGGGAGAAUCUUUGAGGAGUAAAGCGAAGGAGGCAAGGGAGAUGUUUGGCAACAGGGAUGAGAAUGAACGUUGCCUCGAUGGCUUUGUUAGAUUCUUAGAGGAGCAUAAAAGAAAACGAGGUUAGGUUCAUCAUUGUGGACUUGAUUCCUGAGUGUUUUUGGCUGUUUGGCUUCCUUGGAACACUUGCGAUUUGUUUAAUAUGAGUUUUUUCCGGGGACAAGCUAAUGGAUAUGGCAUUUUUCUUUUUUCGGGUAAGAAUGAA